CAAGGAUCAUGGCCUUAAAGAGGUGCUUAAGACUUAGAAAAAGCAUAAGAACAAGAGCAAAGCUCUUCAGUUUCAGCCUCGCAAGGACUAUCACGGUGGGGCUGAGUUCUACUCUCCUAGUAGAGUAGAGAAAGCACGCUCUGAUGAGAGGACAAAGCAACAGAACCAGAAGGCAGAAGAACUCAAAAAAGCAGAGAUGACGAAGCUUAGACACGCCAACAAGCUAUACAAUGAGAAGAUUGCCCAGGAGAGGCGUGAGCAGCGGGCGAGGGAGAAGGAGGAGCGUGAGCGAGUGAGAGCUGAGAAGGCCGAGGAAGCAGCCGAACGCAAGGCUCAAAGAGAGCAUGAUGAACAAGCUCACGACGCUCAAAAAGCUGUACAAUUGCCCCAAAGAGGCAAGCGCAAGGUGUCACAGUCUGUAGCACCAAGAAA